AUGGAGGCCAAAUACCCACCUGUGAAACUACCACACCCUUUCUUAACCGCCUACCGAGUGCACACCGUUGCCGAAUCCACGCCGGCCAGGCUCAGCUUGAGAUUAGAUAGCCAACCCUCGAAUGGUCGACCUGUGCCGCAACCGCUCCACAGCGACUCCCUCUCGUGGCUCGAAUUGUCUUUUCCAUCCGAAAAUGAAUGCCCGCCUGAGUCCGAUAACAGUCCCUGGGCACGAGCAUGUCGGAGUCCAUCGACCGCCUUCGAAUGGGCAGGAAACAAUACUCCAUCUCUGGGUCAGAUCUGGAAUGUGAUCCAUGCGAUAUACCUUGCGCAUUCGACUUGCGAAUAUUUCAGGCUUGUUCUGCGUGGUGCAGGCAAGGACAUCAUCCAGCAAGAGCUUCUUACUAUCGGCUUGGGGAUACAACAUCCGAGGCCAUGGAGUGCGAAGGGGAACUCCACAAUGCAGAUUGAAGAUUUGCUGAUCCUCCGAAGCGCUUUCUGGCAAGGCGCCGCUUCUCCAAUGGGCCCUCGUCCAAUUUGGGCCGUGGGAGACGCUAUUGACGGUCCUCUGAGACAGCCGGUGGCUCAGUACCCUAUCAUGCCUGAGAACUACCAAAUCACUAACAAGUUUCCAAAAGAGCCCGUUUAUACUCGGCAUCCAACCCGUCGACCCAAGCCAUACCCGGGAUCCAUUGCCUAUAGUCGCUACAUCCCCGAGCUUGACGAGCACUUUUCACUGGAAGUGGUUGAUUGGAAAAAUGAGGAGCACCUAAAGCUCUUCAACAUGUGGCAGAACGAUCCUCGAGUGGCAAAGGGCUGGAAUGAGACGGGGACACUGGAGCAACAUCGGGAGUAUCUGCGCAAACUGCAUUUUGAUCCUCACGUCCUUUGCUUGUUUGGCCGCUUCAAUGAUACCCGCUUCUCCUAUUAUGAGCUGUAUUGGGCAAAGGAGGAUCAUUAUGGCGCCCACUAUGACGCUGGAGACUACGAUCGUGGACGGCACUCUCUUGUCGGUGAUGCCUCCUUUCGUGGCUCCCAUCGGGUCAACGCAUGGUAUUCAAGCUGCAUCCAUUACUGCUUUUUGGAUGAUCCCCGGACUGUGAAUGUCGUGGGCGAGCCGAAGGCCACAGGGGCAACUAUCUUGUCUUACGAAAAUGCCCAGGGUCUUACCAUCGGCAAAUACGUCGAUUUGGGCCACAAGAGGUCGGUACACUCAAUCUGCAGCCGAGAGAAGUGGUUUCAGUUGUGUCCGCUCUUUUGGGACGGAAGAGAGAAACCAUUGGAAUCUGCUGAUCGCGCGGCAUGGAAUGCCAAACUAUAG